UCUCAUCUUUUGUAUUAUUAUAAAGCAUCUAGGCCAAUUAAGGGAGUGUACAUCUCUUUAUUUGUAGUAAUAAUCAUUUUUAAAAGAGAAAUUUUUUAAAAUUAAUUUAUGUAAGAUGGCGGGGGAUGAAACAGAUGGGUUGUGUGUAUCCAAACAGGGUUUCCAGGAGGAAGGGGAGAUUCAUUCCCAGCUUCCUACACAACCUAUUGAAGAACUAGAGGAGGAAGAUACUCAGACUCAUCCACAGGUUUGGGGACAGCUGUAUCCUCACUGCGGAACAUUCCCUCGGUUAGCCUUGUCUACAGACUCCUUCAAGCUUGGUCGAGGAAGGUCUAUGGACUACGUUAUCAGGAAUAUAUCAAUAAAUCACAACAGUACAGUCACAUUCUUAAAUCCGUGGAACACACAGACGACAUUUAUGCAAUCAUCUAUGUUUUUGAUGUUGUCGUAUAGAUAUUUACAUCGCACGAAAGUGAUAUUUUGGUGGUUUUGUAAUGUCAAACUCAAAUGUAUUUAGUUUCAUUGGUUGGUUGGUUUGAAUGGUUGGUUGGUUGG